CCGGCGACGGCGGCGAGCGUGAAUGAUACUGGAAGCUUCCUCUCAUCCUCGUGGUCUUCCCUAUGUCCUCAGUUUCUUCAGAAGAGGUCGGGAGAGAGAGAUUCGAAGUGGAGAAGGAGAGGCUGGGUUCGCCGGCGAGUUUCCGAUUCCAGCCAAGUCGAGGUCUCUCACUGGUAUGGAUAGCUUCAUCUCGAUCUCAGGAACCUUUCCAUUUUCUUGGUUUUCCCAGACGAGCUCUGAGGAGGGAGAAUCGAAGAGGAGAAGUUCUGGAAUUUUCCGGCGAGGGCUCGGUGUUUUCCGGCCACCGGUGAAGGCAAGUGAGUGUUUGUGAUCGCAGAGAGUGCCGCUGUUGGCGGCGGCGGUGAUGGUGCUUUUGUCUGUGUUGCUGAUUUCCAGUGGUUAUGAAUCUCUACGCAUGCUUUUGAUUGUUAUAUGUAUUAGAAAUUUAGAAGCAUGGGAAGUGGAUGAUCGAAUGAUCGUACUGUGUUGUUUGGACAGUAAGAACAGUGGUUGUGCAUCUCAGAUUUUGGGGUUACUAUAUGUCUAUUUGGUGAUGUUGGCUUGAUAAAUAGAUCAAGGAGAUUUGAUUUCAGAAACUGGAAAAGAUGGUAACUCGUUGGAUUGGACGGUGAUGAAGUUGCAAUAGAAAUGUAGGCAGAGACUAUAAGGCUGAAUAUAUGGAUACAUUAUGGGUGUAUGGUACUUUGGGUGUCCAAAGUAAAUUCUGAAAUUGGAUUAGUGCUUGGAGCACAGCUGGGAUCUGAUGACGGAAAGGUGUGGAUAAAGUGAAAUAAGUACGUGUGAUAUUGCGUUUGGAGAUUAUAUCAGAAGGUGAGAGGACAUAAGGCACAAGGAUUUGGGUGUCCUUAGCGAAUUUUGAGGACUUUGAUUCGUAUUGGUUUGAAGUGAUUCGCCGAUAUUCUCAGAUUAAGGAUUUGGUACGAGGAUCGAAUGCAAGUAGCUGUAUUCCAGAAGCAGAAGGAUAAGGAUUUCAGAAAGCGUGUCGCUGAGUUACUAAUAUCGUUUAGCAUCAAGGAUUAACGCUUGGAUUUCAUGUAGGGUCUCUAUCGGGGAACCUUUCUUUAAUUUGAUAAUUAGAGUAAUAAUUGAAAUGUGUGAUUUGUGUGCCAUUGAGUAAUUAACUCUUGGUUGUUAUUGUUUUUGUUCAAAGCAUGUGUAAUCGCUGAUUUAUAUGAAAUUGAUGUUAUUGCUUUUCAUUAAAAGCAUGUGUUAAAUAUUGUAAUGCAAGUGUUGUUACUCAUUGACAUGCAUAA